CACUUCACCCUCAGUCCCACCCAAGCGGCCAUUCUCACAGCAUAGGGGCAUUACUGCUGUCGUCAACCUGGUAGCCAGGAACUGUAUCAGUUCGGAACUUGUCACUUGGUCGUCACUACUACCUUCAAAGAGCUGUUCAAGUCCCAAGCCCAGGACGAGGACUCCAGGAGUUUAACUGUCAAACAGAGUCAAGGACCCGCUCUUAGUCUCAGCCCAGGGCGUAUCUUUCUUGUUGGAGUAACAUCCUUCAGGAAGCGAAGCUUGAUGUUAUAGAACCUAUCUCCUGGAAGUGCUUUAAGCCCUAUGUGAAAAGUUUAAAUGUUUCGGAAUUUGAUUUGAAGACAAUCAUCUGAAAAUGGCGAAUGUACAGUAUCUAGACAAGGGUAUAUAAGUUAAUAUUCUCUCUACCAGCAGAGGAAGUCGUGUGACAUAACAGUGUAGAUUAAGGAGCAGUGUGUAUUCUGCAUCGGUAUGGUGAUGGUGUAGUCAAUUAGUGUACUUGUACCCCAUCAUCCUUCCUCUUACCACACCCAUCCACACACACACACACACACACACACACACACACACCUCACCUCACCACACGAUCCAACCACCCUUCCACAACACAUUGUUCAACCACAUAUAGUCAACCAACCAUACACACAUCACGGCCACACUCACUCUUCGCCAUCAUCCGUCCACCCCACAGCACCACACCACAUACAUUACACCACCCUACGUCACUAUCCCGCCUUACGAGCCACAACACCACAGUCAUGUCUUUGAACUGGAUAUGGAAGAAACUGAGGGGAGAGGACAGAGAACAUGUCUACCACCAAACUUCGGUGGGGGAGGAGACGACCCAGGUGCUACGAGACUCUCCACAAGUUGGCAGCACGGCAUCCGCAUUGUUACCGAAAGUGAAAACAUCAAGAAUUUCUAUUCCACACACAAGUGAAACCAUCAGUGUACGGAGUCGACGCAGCCAGUCUGUGGUAGAGAAGACCCAGCGGGCCACGAUACCCAAGAGGAGCGCUGAGGACUACGACACCCACAAGAUGGCGUCAGGGUCGCCGGGGUGUUCGAGCGCGUGUGCGCUGUCGAGUGGCAGGAUGGUGGUGGCGCUGUAUGACUACGAGGCCAGAACCGAGCGGGACCUGUCCUUCAGGAAACACGAGCACCUCGAGGUGGUGGAGGAGUCGUGUGAGGACUGGUGGAUGGCCAGGAGUCACGUAACGGGUCUAGAGGGUUAUAUCCCUGCUGUCUAUGUGGCCAAGCUGAAGAGCAUCGAGGCUGAACCGUGGUAUUUCGGGGACAUUAAACGAGGAGAGUGUGAACGUCGCCUUCUGGCCUCCGUCAACGACCACGGCGCCUUCCUCAUCCGCAACUCUGAGUCCAGGAAGAAUGAGUUCUCCCUCUCAGUGCGUGACGCGGAGAAGGUGUUUCACUACAGAAUCCGGCCCAGGGAUCACGGAGGUUACUUCAUUCGGCGGCGGGACACCUUCUCCUCCCUCCACUCCCUCGUCGCCUUUUAUAGUGAGGACGCCGCCGGUCUCUGCACUAGACUUAACAACCCAUGUAUCAGGAUGGACAAGCCAGACACGGGGGGACUCUCGUACAACACGCGGGACGCCUGGGAGAUCCCCAAAGAACAGAUAGAGCUCACGAAACGGUUGGGGUCGGGCCAGUUCGGUGAGGUGUUUGAAGGUCGAUGGAACAAAACGGUGCCCGUCGCUGUUAAGACCCUCAAACCUGGAAAGAUGAACCAACAGGACUUCCUGAAGGAGGCGCAGGUAUUGAAGGGCUUACGGCACCCCAAGCUGCUGCAGCUGUACGCAGUGUCGACACAGGAGCAGCCCAUCUACAUCAUCACUGAGCUCAUGCGUAAUGGCUCCCUCCUAGACUACCUCAGAGGCCGUGGACGGGUGCUUCCCCUGACAGAGCAGGUGUACAUAGGUGCCCAGGUGGCGUCAGGGAUGGAGUACUUGGAGUCCCUUAACUUCAUUCAUCGGGACCUGGCGGCAAGGAACGUCCUCGUCGGCGAAAAUAAUUGCGUCAAGGUCGCAGACUUCGGCCUCUCGCGACUUGUUCAGGAGGGCGAGUACGAGGCUCAGGAAGGGGCGAGGUUCCCCAUCAAGUGGACUGGACCAGAGGCCCUCAACUACAACAAAUUUACAACCAAAUCUGACGUGUGGUCUUUCGGCGUCCUGCUGAUGGAGAUUGUCACCUCUGGGGCCACACCUUACCCUGGCAUGACCAAUAUGGAAGUAGCACAGCAGGUGGAGACAGGGUACAGAAUGCCACAACCCGGUAAGUGCCCACUCAUGCUGUACAAAAUUAUGCUAGAGUGUUGGGCGAAAGACCCCAACAAGCGACCCACCUUCGAGACUCUGCACUGGAAACUUGACGAUUUCUUCACCCUGGAUGAGUCCGACUAUGGUGAUCUCAUGCAAUGAUUGUGUUUCUUUCUUAGAGGUCAGAGUGUAUUUAUGUACAUAGGUAGAUAAUUAAGUAGAUUAGAUAGUAAGUAGAUAUUGUAUUAAGGGGCUGGUUCUUUUGAGCCUCCCUGCAGUAUACAAUAUGAAAUAAUAUAUAUUACUGAAGAAUCAUCAUUGUCAGUAGGUUUAGAAUGAUGGGAUGUAUUUCCAUAUAUUUGACAAUUACAUAUUAUCCUAAAGUGUGUAUUUAUUAACAGAGUGAAAAUAAAAUACCUUAGAAAUGUAAAUUAAAUAAACCAACCUAACACAA